UAUUUCAUUGGAUCUCAUCGAUUCUAGUCAAACACAAAGUUGAGGGUUUUUCUUGCCAACCGAACCUUUAAAAAUUUCAAGUACUCAAGGGUCCCAACUUGUGUUGCAUCCGAAACAAACAGAAUGGCGGUUUCACUCUCAAGAACUCCUCAACCCUGUGUUGGACAAAUCUCAAUCAUGAACAAGUUUCACACCAUCUCAUCCAAAACCCUCCGCAGUUUCAAUCCCCUUUUCAAGCCCUCCACUCAAACCCUCUUCCUCAGCUCCCAAAAACCCAAAACCAAUCGCCAAUAUCCUCCUCGCAACACAAUCCGAUGCCUUUUCACCGGCAUCGUCGAGGAAAUGGGCCGAGUCAAGCAACUGGGCACGGCCCAAAACGGCGGUUUCGACAUGAAAAUCGGCGCCAAAACCGUUCUGGAGGGCGUUCACCUCGGGGAUAGCAUUGCCGUCAACGGAACGUGCCUGACCGUGACUGAAUUCGAUACCCAGUUGUCGGAUUUCACAGUCGGGCUGUCCCCCGAGACGCUUAGGAAGACGUCUCUGAUCGAGCUCGAAUCGGGAUCACUUGUGAAUUUGGAGCGGGCGGUGCAGCCCACGAGCCGAAUGGGCGGGCACUUUGUGCAGGGUCAUGUGGAUGGCACAGGGGAGAUAGUGUCCGUGGAGCCCGAGGGCGAUUCGCUGUGGAUCAAGGUAAAGGCAUCGAAGGAGGUGUUGAAGUAUGUGGUGCCGAAAGGGUUUAUAGCAGUAGAUGGAACUAGUUUGACGGUGGUGGAUGUGUUUGAUAAAGAAGAGUGCUUUAAUUUCAUGUUGGUUGCUUACACUCAGCAGAAGGUGGUGAUUCCGUUGAAGAAGGUCGGGUCGAAGGUUAAUUUGGAGGUUGACAUACUCGGGAAGUAUGUCGAAAGACUUCUCAGUAGUGGGUUUGUUGAGUCAAUCAAAUCUUCAUGACUCAUGAGUGAUUAGCGAGAGAAAUUAUUACGUGGUGUUCUGGACUACAGAAAGUAGGUGGUUCCACCCAAUUAAAAUAUCACAUGUGUUUGUUUGAAGCUCAGUGGGAGAAGGUCGCCUCUCUGUUGAAGGUAAAGGGUUGAGGUAAGUUUCUUUUCGCCCUCGUGUGUUGAUUUCUUCUACCAGUAGUUCUAUUCUCCUUCCUCCCUGAGUACUGAGGUCUGUAUCUCGUUCUGCUUUUCCUGCAAAUUGAGCACCCGACUCUUGUUCGUAGUGCUUCAUGACCAAUUUUAGGCCCUUUUUUUUUCAAACGAAAAACUUUCUGCUCGUAACAUCCUCCAAUUCUCUCCUGUCUUGGUCAUAAUUUUAGGAACAGCAAUGGUAUUUGUUCCCAGGGGAGUGACUGGCUCUUUAUUGUGUUGUAAUGGGCCGACCUGCUGUGGAAAUUUUUGCAAAAACUACAUUUGUCAACAAAGUCUUAUCGGACUUGAUUUCGAGAGAGUCUGAAUAGCAGAUCUCGAUAUGAAAUAGCUCGAACCAAGAAUCACCAUUGUUAGUGAUGGCCUGAUGGGGAACUGUCGUCAUCGCUAACUUUUCUCAUGGUAGAGAGCAGACGCAGCUUGCUCAACAUCAAGUUGCCAAGUUGGAGGUGGAGGGGACUCAGUUUUCAUGGGGAUAUCAUUCUACUUCACUUUAGUCCACUUGCACAAUUUGCCAAACCAACCACUCCAUUUCUCCCCAUCUCAGCCGAAAGUGAGAACCGGUUCUCCUCUUUGUGAGCGUGGACGGAUGAGUAAUGUGCGUGCCAUAUGAACAUUUGGUACAGUUGUACAGUAUUUGGUUGACUUGGGCAAAUGAGUUUGACUCCAAAUUUAGUGGAUAUGGUGAUCUGA